AAUAUUUUUUCUUGAGUGAUAAUUGGAAAUUCUCCAUGGAUUAUAUAAUCGACGGGCAUAGAUAACCUCUAUCGAUUAUUGUCGACAAAAAAAAAACAGAUAAACCUUAUAUCCUUAUUCCCUAGAUUGUGAAUAGGAGACUCCGAUCCUUAUUCCGAAUCGAGACGAGCAACAUCUUCAGUCUCUGCAUCUUAUUUCGUCCUUCUCCACCAUCACGGGAUUCGCACUUUUAUCUCUAUGGAUGCCAAACGAAUCUGCUCGAGGGAUGCGAUCAGCUGGCUCCCUGACGAGGUUCUGGGCAGCAUCUUGUCCUUGCUUCCGACAAAGCAAGCUGCUUCAACAUCUCUUCUCUCGAAAAGGUGGAGAUAUGUGUUUAGGUUGGUGGAUAACCUCGAUUUUGAUGAUUCUGUCUCGCUGCACGAGGGAGAGGAUCAACAAGCGAGGUAUGUGUUUCCGGAGAGCUUUGAGAAUUUCGUGGAUCGAACACUUGCUUUGCAAUGUGAUUCUCCGAUCAACAAGUUUUCUCUAAAAUGUCACGUUGGCAAGGACGAUGAACGCCAAAGGGCUUGUGUGAGCAGCUGGAUAUCAAAUGUCGCAGGACGCAGAGUUUUGGAAGCGGAGCUAAGGAUAAAAGAUAUGGGUAUACACUAUCUGCCUCCUCAGCUCUUUGCAAGCAAGACAAUGGUUAAGCUAUCGCUUGGAGCAGAGCUCUAUCUUGGAAAGCUACCUUCAUGUGUAUCGCUUCCAUCACUCAAGUUCCUCUUCAUCGAUACGGUUUGCUUCGAAUAUGAAGAUUUUUCUUGUGUGCUUCUUGCUGGUUGCCCUGUGCUUGAGGAGUUAUCAAUCCGCCACAAGGACUUUAUAGUAAUGCCUAACAACAUCUCGAGUCCAACCGUCAAGAAACUAUCAGUUCUCUACGAUGCUCCUGAUGAAGUUGAUGGUGGUAGCUGUAUAUCAUUUGACCUACCAAAUCUUGUCUACUUUGAGUACUCUGAUUGUGCCUUGUCAGAGUAUACAAAGGUUAAUUUGGAAUCCCUAGUUGAAGCUAAGCUGGAUCUUUGUUUCGAAGAAAAUGCCGAGAAGCCGGAUGUAACGGAUGUCAUGAUGGGGAUAAGAAACGUCAAGAUCCUCCAUCUUUCUUCCAGUUCGGUUGAGGUGAUUCAUUCUUACUGUAGAUAUGGGCUACCGGUGUUCCACAAUCUGGUUAAUUUAUCUUUCGGGAGCUUUAAGAAUAAGCGAGGUUGGAAAUUGCUGAAAUACCUGCUUAAGCAGUCUCCAAAGCUAGAAACUCUAACCAUCCAGGAUUUGAAUGGUUACCCAGGCGUUGUCUCCAUGCCUCCUAACAAAGUGAAGGUGUUGCAUGUUCUUGGUUAUCAAGGAACCGUGGAAGAAUUGAAACAUUUAAAGAGUUUGGUGGGAGAAUUCCAAUGCCUCACACUGGUGCAAGUCAGCAAGUGGAUGUUAUACAAGAGGAUAAUAGCAUAAUAUUGCAAGUUCUAACUACGCUUCUUGGAGUUUCAGUUGCAUCCAACUCCAACUUCAUAUUUACAUAAGCCAUCUAAUUCAUUCAUAUUACUACGCUAUGUAACUUUAAACUCACAAAUUGUUUCAUGUUACAUUGCUC